AUCUCACAGGUCCAGUUACAAUGCUUGCAGCAGUAGUAUCAGUCAUAGCCGGAGUGGGAACCUCGAUCUUGAACUCUUGGAAGCUGGUGAAUGAGUAAAUUUCUGAUUCAGUGAUGGAAUAAUCAGAUACUAAAAUUAAAUCUACUUUGAUUUAAUUGUGCAUUUUGACACUGACAUGCUGCAAGUCACGUGCAGUUACCCCUCUAUUGAAAAUCGAGUCUUUUGCGAUUGGUUGUUUCAUCUUCUCUUUACCUCCACCGUGGAGCGUUAUGGCGUCGUAUCUCUGCUAUAUUACGAUAGAGGUCGUCGUCCGUUGUAGCUGUUCAUGGCUUCGAGUUAGAAAAUUGUAGGGUUGUAAGAUGCAUUCAGUUCAUUUGUGAAUAAAUACUGAUUCAAUGCAUUGUUGAUUAUUAGAUAAUCACAGCUCGUGAUAGUUUAUAAUAUAAUCGCUCUUAUAAAUUUCGAUCUUAUCUUUACACUGUGUCGUAGCGUUGCGGUUAUCUUGAAAUUUUAGGGUGCGUUGAUAUACUUUGGAAAUACCGGUUGUGUUGUUCAAAAGAGUCACCGGUAUCGUCAUAAAAUUUCAUUAGAUAAACGUACGCGACUAAAUUGGAUUUACGUAUUACAUGUCGGUAAUGGAAUAGCCUUGUAAUAACUGAAUUGCUACGCGAAAUAUUAUCGAUUGUGAAAAUUUCUUUAAAAAAGCAACAUGAUUCUUCGACGGAAAUCAGUGCACAACUGCAACUGCCCUUGUCAUCAGCAUUGUUCUACGAAAUGUGCAGAAGAUGUAGAGAGUAUGACUGGUGAAAUUGAAAAUGGGGAUUUGGCAAUUCGAGAUGUUGCUGACCUUCUCCAAUCACAGUAUGCUAUUAUAGCAGGAGGGAAAACUCGAGAAGGUUGCCCCAUAAUUACUUUUCCUGAUAAUGGCAAUUUUCACAACUUAUCUGAUGUGGAUUAUCAACGUCUCAUGUUAUAUCUUACCUCUGUGCCAACGUUACAAGAAGCUGAUCUUGGAUUUCAUUUAAUAAUUGACAGAAGAAAUGAUAAAUGGAAUUCUGUAAAAACUGUAUUGUUAAAAAUUUCUGGCUUUUUUCCUGGUUUAGUUCAUGUAGCGUAUGUACUACGUCCAGCUGGAUUUUUACAAAAAGCUAUUUCAGAAGUGUCAAAUAAAUUAUUUAGGGAAGACUUUAAAUUUAGAGUUAUAUUUUUAGCAAAUGUUGCUGAACUUCAUGAAUUUAUAGAUAAAGAUCAACUAACUGAACAACUGAGUGGCACUUUACCAUAUUGUCACCACACUUGGAUUCAAAAUAGAAUUAGUUUAGAAAAAUUUUCAUCAAUGACCCAAGACGUAUCGCUUGCAUUGGACUCUUUUACACGGCGAUUAGCCGAGAUUGAAUUUCCUAACAAUACUAUAGCAACGACAUCUUUAUUAUCUCAACAACAAGUUGAAUAUAAUGAAUUAAAGGAAGAAAUUCUUAGUGCUGCAAGACAUGGAGAAGCACUUUUGGACAGUGUAAGACAACUAACUGGAAAAGGAACGGCUGAUAGAUUAGGAAAUGUGGCAGCGAUAGAACGAUUACUUGUUCAGCUAGAAGAAACAGAACGAACUUUUGAUUUAUUUUGGUCACAUCAUAGUUCUCGUUUAAGACAUUGUCUAGCUUUGAGACAAUUCGAGGCUGACUUUAGAGAAUUGCAAGCAACAUUGGACCAACAUUUAAAAACCAUAGAAGAGAUGACAGAAGUAGGGGAGACUCAAGCAAGGGUUGAACAAUUACUCUGUGACACAUCAGCAUUUCAGAGAAUAUGUAGAGGAGAUAUAGAACGAGCAGAGGAAGUAAUAUCUGCUGGUCAACAACUGCUAUCUGGGAGGCAUCAGUGUCCUACAGAUGUUGUAGAACCUAAAUGUGUGGAACUACAGAGAAUUUGUACUAUUUUAAGUCAAAGGCUGGAAAGACGGUUACAUAUGUUAACCAAAUGUAGAGAACUAAUGGAGCGUAUAGACAAGGCAAAUGCAUGGUGCACACGCGGAAUAGAAUUGCUUGCAUCACAAAAUAACUCAACACCGCCUGAUCAAGCACUUCAAGAAUUGCAAGAAUUAAUUGAAGCUGCAGAGGAAUUCCAUCAUCCCAGAUGUAUUUUUCAAGAUUCUAUAAUGCCGGAAACAAAAGCUCUUAUUACUCAAGUUCUACAAAGAAUAGAAGAUGUAUCUUUAAUGUGUGAUAAAAGAAUUAUGACACUAAAGCAGCAAUUAAUUAAGCCUGCAAGACCAGUUCAAACUGUAACUCCUGAACCAGUUAAACCAUUGCAAUCACUGCCUCAAAUUGUAAAACCUGGUAGAAUUCUAAAAAAAGCUAACACGAUGCCGAAGAUGGAGAUGAGUCCCAUAGAAGGAGAAUCAUCAUCACCGGAAAGUGAAUCUAAAGAUGUAGAAGCUUUACGUUUAAAACGAGGACAUGUUUUAGCGGAACUUGUUGAAACAGAACGGAUUUACGUUGCCGAGCUAGGUUCCAUAAUUAAAGGAUAUAAAAUGGAAUUAACAAACGAAGCAAUGGCUCAUUUAAUACCGGCAGCAUUAGUAGGCAAAGGAGAUAUUUUAUUUGGUAACUUAGAAGACAUUUAUAUUUUUCAUGGAGAAACGUUUUUAAGAGAUUUAGAAAAUUGUAUUUCAAAUACUGAACUUGUUGCAUUGUGUUUUGUACAGAGGCGUGACGUAUUCUUCAGAUUAUAUAGUUAUUACUGUCAAAAUAUUCCGAGGUCUGAAAAAUUGCGAGAACAAAUACAAAACGAACCUCAAUUUCUUGCAACUUGCCAACAAAGACUCGGUCAUAAAUUACCUCUGGCUGCAUACCUUCUAAAACCUGUGCAACGUAUAACGAAAUAUCAGUUAUUAUUGAAAGAUCUUUUAAAAUACAGCGAGGAACCAUCAUGUUCCACUGAGUUACAAGAAGCGUUAGAUUGUAUGCUUGUUGUAUUGAAAUGCGUUAACGACAGCAUGCAUCAGACUGCUAUUACAGGAUUUGCCGAAGAUUUAAAUGCACAAGGCGAGCUCUUAUUACAAGGCUCUUUUAGCGUAUGGAGCAGUAGUAAGCGAGAACGAUUACUUAGGUUGAAACCAUCUCAGCGUCAUAUUUUUUUGUAUGAAAAGGCUCUUAUAUUUUGUAAGCAUAGUAAACCACAAGCUCAUAACAAAGCUACAUACCAUUUUAAAAGAUAUUUGAAGAUGUCACAAAUUGGACUAACAGAAUCAGUUAAAGGCGAUGCAAGACGCUUUGAAAUUUGGCUUCAGGGUCGAGCCGAAGUGCAUACAAUACAAGCAUCUACUGUUGAAGUGAAACAAUCCUGGGUGCGUCAGAUUAAAGGGGUUUUAAUGUCCCAAUUGGCUGAACUUAAAGGAAAACAGAAUUCUGCUCUCGGAAAAACCAAUCAUAAACCAUUGCGCCAGACGAUUUCAUGGGAAGCUCAAGGCAGUGUUUCUGGAUCUUUGCGAACUCUUUCAGUUGACGGUAGUAGUGUAGUAGGAAACAUUACAGAUCUUUUACAAUCAACGGAGGAUGAUGUCGGUUGGAGUUCAGAAAAUAGUAACACGGACGAUGAAGAUGCUUUUAGCGAAAAUCCUGGUCCAGCUCCUGGUGGAAGAUAUGUAGCACUGGCUGAUUAUUGCGCAGUUGGACAGUCAGAGGUAACUAUGCGUGAAGGGGACAACCUAGAACUCCUUAAAGUUGGUUGUGCUGGGUGGUGGUUUGUAAAACUAAUAGGUACUGGAAUAGAAGGAUGGGCACCGGCAGCUUACUUAGAACCAAUUAAUCGAAAAACUUCGCGCAGUUCACAAUCAGUGAACAGUCAAGAAACCAUAUGAAACAGGCGUCUGACACACUAGGUUUUCCUAGUGUGUUAGGUUCGUACGUAUUUAAAGAACACCAGUUAUUAAACUCAAAUGUUAAAAGUCACGUGUGAGGAGUUUUGUAAUGCAAGGAUAUGGUUAAGACUUUGGAAAUUUUGCAUAACGUAUGUAUGACACUUCUUUUAAACUAUACAAUAAUAGCAAUAUGUGCUUGAUUAGUAUGAUUAACAAUGAAUAAUGGUAGUUACACAUAACUUCCAAAAUUACCAUUGGAUGGAAAUAAGUUUUAGACGCUAAUGUGAUUAUUUAAUCCUUUAUGAAAAAGGUUUAAGUAAUAAGAAAUCAGGGAGUAAAAAAAUGUAUAAAUUUUUUUACUACGUAAAGUUACGAAAAAUUUGUUGGUAAAGUGCUUUAUGCAAGCAAAUAGAAUUUGCAUUUACUAAAUAAAUGUACUAUUGAUAAUAUUUAUUCUUACAAAGAAAAUAAUAUUUAUAGAAUUGUAUAAAAUGUAAUUCAAUAGGGAAUGAAAAAAAAUAUGUGCACGUAAAAUUGUUACAGGUUAUACAGAUUUGAGAUAAGUUGCAUAGUGUAAUAUUGAAAGAAAAUUACUACAAUGAAAUGGAAUCAUUUCAAUUAUUCAGUUACUAUUCCCAUAAGAAUUGCAUGCAAUCUUAUCUAUACUUAUGACCUGUAUAAUAUUCGAAUGUGUGCAAAUAUUCCAAAGUUCGUAUAUUGAAUGAGAUUUUAAAAAUUCUUCCGGUUUGUGUUAAUAAUUUGUUAAUAAUAAUUGAUAUAUUUUUAAACAAAAUAUAUACUUGGUUAUAAUUGUGAAAUGGAAUCAAAUACGUAUGUAUCAUAUCGAUGAAAUAUUUUUUAGUAAUUUUAUAUGUAUAAGUUUUCUAGUACACUUAUAUUUAUUUAUUUCUAUAGGUAAUAUAGUACAAUGCAAAUUAAAACAUUCUCUUUAUAUUGAAGAGAUUUUAGAAUAUUUGCAAACUAUCGAGGAGUGGUUAAAAAGCCUUUAAAAUGACAGCAGGUGAUAAAAUAUUUAUUUGAUGUUUCUGUAAAUGAAUUUAAAAAAAAUUAACGGAAGUUCUCUGUUGGCAUAUUAAUGUAGAUACGAUAGAAAAUAUAUUGUUAUGUCUUUAUGACCAAACAGCUUGAUACUAGUACUAUUUUAGUAUAUAUAAAUGACCUAUUUAAAGUAUUUAAAUAAAAGGAAAACGAAAGAUUACGAAGUAUUAAAAUAACAAUAUACACGAGUUUUUUAGGGGAUAAAAAGAUUGACACCAAGUUUUAUGCAAUAUACGUAUACACUGUAAUAAAUUUUAGAAUGUAACAUUUUAGUAAAAGAAGCAAUUUCAAUUUUAGUGAAUCUUACCAAUGUCUUAAGUAUAUAACAAUAAUGAACUGUAUAUAAUAAUGUUAUUUGUACUAAAAAUUUAUAUUGACGCAUAAAAUCUAAUUUAAAACAUUAUUUUAUAGGUAUAAAGUGCAAUAAUUAUGUUCAACUUAUGAUUAAAACUAACAAAUAUUUCGUUAACAGUUCAUAAUACUUAUUUAAGUAUUAUGAAUAUUAUUUAUUUAUUUUUUCUUUUCUUAUUAUAUAUAUCACAAUUCUCUAUGUGAUUAUAAGAUACACGUAUUGAGUACAAAUAAUUUAUUUUAAUACUUCAUGUUAUAAUAAUUAAGCUUAAAAUCUGUAAUAAAUAUAUGUGCAUAAUUUGAACAUAAGACUUUUAGUUAUGCUUAAGUGUUUUAUUCAUAGAAAUUGUGAGUUUUUGACCAAAGAGUCUUUUGUAUUUUUCUUUGGUAAAGUAAAAAAUACAGAAAACUGUUAAUUUAUAAUUAUGAAUAUAAGCAGUUGAUUUUAUUAUUCUUGAUUUUGAUUUUGCGAUUAAAUAUCAUUAUAAUUCUUAUCCACAUUUACACCGUCCUGAUACUGACUAGUUAUAGAAUUUUAUUGAAUAAACAUAAUUUUAUUUUCUGUUUUUUUUACUGAAUUUAUAUGCCAUGAAAGUUAUCUUAAAAUCGUUGUAGUGCUUAAUAGAUAUUCAUAUACAGCAAUAGUGAGUGUUUGUGAACAUUUCUUUUGUUUCCUUUCAGUUGAAACGUGUGUGUGAAUACUAUAAAGAAAUAAAAGAAAAAAACAUUGCUUAAAACAUUUUUUGUAAACAAUAUUAAAUUAAUAUAUAGACAAUAAAUAUAUGUCCACCGUGGAAUAAUUUCAACGCAAAUAUACAUAUUAUGAACAUAAUAAUUUAAAGAAAUCGACAAACUAACGUUAACGUUCUUCCUUUUAGAAGUUUAUAGGCAGGAACAUUUUACAAAAACAAAGAUUUACUCUGUGCAAUAUUUAAUAAGAUUAUAGCAUAAGAUUAUUAUGUCUAAACAUAAA